GACGAAGAAAGAGAACUGCUAUGUAAUUUAAUCAUGUCAGUAUAUAUAAGCCAGUAUCUUUAUUCGUAGAAUGACAUGCUAAGAAUGGCAAAAGCGUCCGAAGGGAAAAGCGAAUCUUUAGAUUUUUACAAAUAUCUUUGCCAAAAGAUUGGAUCUGAGAAGGUCGUGAAAAUAAGAAGGUUGGUUUCCACUGUUAGAGACAUUGGUCAAAAUGGGAAAGUAAUAACCAGUGGAAGUAAAGGUGAAGGACUCGAUUUAAACGGCAGUGAUGUUGAUAUGAUGUAUGUUGAUCCUUAUGGUAAAGUGUAUCAAACAGAAACAGAAGUUCAAAGUCAAAUUUAUCCGCUUCCAUUAAUUAUGAAUACCGAGGAGACACAGCCAUGUUUCACACAAUUGUUGAUUUUAAAUCAUGAUAUUAAAACAACUCCAAAUGUGUUGCAAAAACAUCAUCGCGGAUUUAUGCUUUCAAGUGAACUAUAUAAACUGAGUUGUAAGAAUGUAGCACAGGUAUCCAUUCCCGCAUUGUUUUCCGGAAAAAUCCAUGGACCAUGUAUAUCAAAUAAAGAAGAUACACUUGAUAUAGCAUGGUGUUUUAAAUGUGACAAAUGGAUAUUUCAAGCAGAGCCAUGGGUAUGCAGACCACGUACAACAUGGCCUCCACCUGAAAUAAUUUCAAAAAUAGUAUCUAGUGGGGUGUUAAUAGUUCCAAUUGGCUGCAAAGGAUCCACAAAUGAACAUCUAGAAUGGCGAAUUUCUUUUUCUGUAGCCGAAAAAUUCCUUAUAUUUUCUUUUAGUCAUACACAACUGUUAUGUUAUGCUAUGUUUAAAGUCUUGCUGAAGGAAGUAGUAGAAAAAUAUCAAAAUUUGAAAGGUUUAUUUUGUUCGUAUUUCUUAAAAACGCUGAUGUUUUGGAUUUUAGAAGAAACAGACCCAUAUCUAUGGAGACCAGAUAAUAUCAUACCAUGUUUCAUGGCAUGUCUACAACGAUUGCUCUACUGUGUAAGAUACUCAAUAUUGUCACAUUAUUUUAUUCCUGAAAAUAACUUGUUCCUUUUAAGGUUCAAUACUAAUAACAAAGAAAAAAUAAUCAACAUACUUGAAAAUUUAUAUGGAAUAGGAAUAGAUUGUUUUGCAUCUUCUGAGACCCUACAAGAAUAUCAAAGACUGUCUUACAAAAUCUCCGAAUCCUUCAUAAGUAGAAACAGCAGCUUCUUACAACAAGUAAUGCUUAUAUUUCGUAAUGCUUAUACAAAUGGUAGAGCUGCUCGAGUUUUGAGACUAAUGUAUAACUUUCUCAAUAGUUCUAGAACUGUUUUAUCUAGAUUUGUAUUUGUUCUUGAAAUAUCUGAAGCAUCUAUGUAUUUUUCAGAAGAAACACAAUACUUAAAUAGCGCAGGAAACAAACAUCAUUACUUCAGGUACAAACAUGAUCUCAGUUAUUUAGUUAUCGGUUUACAUUCGGAUGCAGUAUCAGGAUUGCUGAAGUUAGCUUCUUUCUUUUAUGUUCAUAAAAAAUACAUAGCAUCAUUAACUGUGAUAACACAUACAUUGCAGAAAUUCACAAACGAGAAAAUUGAUAUUAGGUUUUUCAGGUAUACAAAGAAAUUAAGUCAUAUUCAAAAAUACGUGCUGAGUCUUAUGAAAAAAGAAAAACUUUAUACCAUUAUAAAAUCAUUAACAAUUCAUCCUUUUGGAUUUGGCAAGGAAUCUUCCAUAAUUCCACGGGAACUACAACCAGAUGUUACAAGGAUUUAUUCUUCUUUUCACCCGUUAUCAUUUGCAUAUUUUCUUAACUUUCUAUGUUACUAUCAUCUACAUGACCUGACAUCUUGUAGACAAUCAUUGCAACGACUUAGACAAUCUCAAUGGAUACUUUCAGAAGGUGGUACUAUAGUUUGUCAGCCUGAAUCUGUGAACACAGUAAUUUUUUGUGGCAUAGCUCACCAGUUAUUGGGUGAGACAUACAAUGCAAGACUAACUUUCCGAGAAGCUGAUGGACUUGAUAAGUAUAAUUUAACGAGUGCAGCAUCAAGACUGUCUAGUCUCAUCUAAACAUAUUAGAUUUUACAUUUAACAUGUAAAUAAGUAAAGUUUUGACCUUUAAAGAAAUAUUCAACCAAAAUAGAUCAUAACCAAACUUGUUUUUCCUGUUCGGACAAAUGCAAAGGAUACAAAAAAAACUUUAGACAUGAUUAGCUUAUAUACAUACAUUUAAUUAAUACUUAAUCCCUUAAAUCACAGCCAAAUUAGAGCAUUUUUUUUUAUAUAUAUGGUCGGGAGACUAUUUUUUUAGAUAUUGACUUUGAUCAAUAAAUAAUGUGUUACUUGUAUUUAACUGUAAAAAGUUUAUUAUAGUUAUUCGAUUUUCUUUAUUUGAUUGUUUGCCAUA